CUAAAGAAUGUUUGGGAGAACUUCAUCAGAAAACCAGAAACCGAUACAAGAUCAGUCCAUGUUCAAGAAGUUUCCACGACUUGGGAAGCAUUGCCAACACUUGAUGACAUAUCAAAAGAAUCAAAAGGAAGCCUUCCAACCAUAGAUAUGUCAAUGGAGGCCAAGGAAUGGGCCGAGAUUCUCGACUCCAUUGCUUCUUUCCCAAGCGAAACCAAUCAUGAGCCGUUAACCAACCCUACUGGUUCACGUUCUCUGUCUUCUCCGGUUUCUUGCAAAACAAGGAAAUACAGGGGAGUAAGGAGGCGUCCUUGGGGGAAAUUCGCAGCAGAAAUAAGGGAUUCGACGAGAAAUGGUGUUAGAGUUUGGCUCGGGACGUUCCACACUGCAGAAGAAGCAGCUAUGGCUUACGAUAAAGCCGCAGUUAGAAUCAGAGGA